AUGCUGACUCUCGAUCUCCCAUUCCAGUGCUUACCUAUUGACCGGCAAUGGCCGGAUCGGUGUGAUCGCUGUGUCAAGCGGAAUAGAGCUUGCUCUCCGCCGUUUACGCAGUCAGCAGCUGGUCGUGCACUGGCCAGUUCAUUAUAUUUCCCGAGUCUCAAUCCGACCGUAGCUCAAAGUCCAACAGGCCAAGCAAACUACCCUUCACUAUCAAGCGUCUCCAACCAAAGUGCCAAUAGCCUUGAUGCGCCUUCUCGGUCAAGAUCACAGAUAACCGAUAUCAUGUCCAUCGACAAUGUCCUCUCCGACGCACCGGAGCAACCACGUUACGACUAUAGAGAUUGGGUACAAAAGCUUGAGGAACAUCAAUUUAGGCGGUGA